AUGACCCACAUUGUGCCUCGAAAGCGCCGAGCGUCUAUCGAACUCGAAGCAUGCCAGAUCAAACGUCGCUCUUCCUCAAGCAAGUCCCACGGCGCCGUCAUCAUUCAGCAGUGGCUAAUAGGGCACCCCGAAGACGAGUCAGAGUACGAGUUCUCUGCCCAGUACGAAGACCUGUCGACCCAACGUCCAGCAGCUAGCUCAUCGUUCAAGAAAAGAGGCAAAUACGCACCCUAUGAUCACCCCAAUUACAUUAGUGAGCUGGCCCUCAGAGGUGGCUUUGCCCAAUCGUCGGCGGCUGGACUUGUACAGGUCGACCAGGACAUGUGCGACCAACUUGUCUUGCCGCCUCGCAUUACCAGAGAGGAGCGCGCGCUCCUGGCGAGUAUGCCGGAACCUCACAGCAGAGGAUCCGGCCUCCGUAGCCUCAAUAUUUUCAUGGAGGUCCAGGCCCUGAUCUCGCUGUCAAGCGUGGAAUACUCUUGCCGUGGCGACCUUUUCAUCGACUGCAUUAACCUCAAGUGGGACCAAGCAGUGCCAUUCUAUGGCCCUGCCCCUCGCCCGGAUCACACCUACGGAUUCCGGCCCACCGUCCUCACAGAGGUCCAACAGCGCAAGCUCCACAGCAACCUCUCAGCGACAUCCUACUAUGCACCAAGGAACAAUAUCUUAUUCCCUUUCCUGACCAGCUUUGUCAAAUGUGGCACCGCAGCCUGCGAUAUUGCCGACCGAGCCGCCGUCCACGCCAUGACCGUCGCCUCACGUGGCAUUGUGGACCUCUAUCAGCGAGCGGGUCGUGCUUCAGAGCUGCACCGGAGAGCCCUCGGUUUCUCGAUUUUUAGUGACGAUAGACAUGCCGCUCUGUGCGUGCAUUAUCCUGAGAUAGGCAUCCAUGGCACGGCGACAUACUAUCGGGACAUUUUCUUCACAAUGAGGUUCAGGGACAAUCUGGACAGAUGGGCAUGUGGGCAGUAUACCUUGAAUAUUUGCGAACAGUUUGCUCCGACCCUGCUGCAACAACUAAUGUUCGUCAUCGAUGAGCUCCCUGAUCCUGACGCCCUGGCUGCUGAAGACAAUGGAGGAAGAAAUGCUUGGGCGUCCAACAGCGACGAGUCUACAUUACAAGCUGACGGUGACAACUCCACUUUGCUGGACGAUGAGGAAGAGUCUACUUUGGUGGACGAGGGCACUCUGGUAUCGGUGGCGUCGGCUUAA